UCUCUACUGAAAUGUUAACACUAAGCGCCAAAUUAGGUGACGAUUUAAUAAUGGAAAAUAAAAGGUUGUUAAAUGAAAAUGAGUCGGUAAAACUGUUAUUACAAGAAAAAAAUGACCUCAUUGAAAAACUUCAGGAAGAGUAUCUAGAAAAAGAAAGUCACUUCAUAGAAGAGAAAAAACAUUUAGAAAGUGAAAUACUGCAGUUCAAGAAAACAAUCCUCAGUCUUGAGGAACAUAUAAAGGGACUUGAAAACGAUAAAAAAGAUCUGUUAUCCGAUGUUGGAAGACUUUACGUUGAAAUCGACUCCAAAAUAAGCAAAGAAAAAGAUAUCGAGAUUUUUAAGAAAAUAUUUCCCAGCAAAUCCGCUUCCUCUGUAAACGCAAGUGAAAUAUCCGCCGAGAUAGUCGUGUCUCCUGAAAAUCAUCGCACUGAAGAAAAUAUUCCUCGAAAUCAAAACCAACCUGCAGACCGUGUUGGAUCAAGUUCAGGCGUGCUCCCUUCAAAUGAAAGCAAUGGUUCAUCUGAACCGCUGCGUUUUCCAGUCCAAAUACAAGAAACAGAUGGUGCUGAUGAAGGGAAUACAUCUCUUUCGUCAGCAAUAUCUUCAGUCCAUAAUGCAUAUAAACAACUAUUGCUAGCCAUUGCCAAUAGUUUGCUCACCGGUGAUGUCAUUAAGCUAAAAGAUUGGGCUCAUGAACAGUUUUCAGUCGCAACGAAUCUUACUUCAACCGAAGUCAUUCUUCAAUUGGACCGAAAAGGUGUUAUAAACGCAUCGAAUACAAGCGUGCUUCGCGAAUUUCUCAAGUCGAUUCUGAGAAUUGAUUUAGUUCACCUCAUCGAUGAAUACAACAGCGGAAACUAUGUUAAUUUGAGAAGGAUGGUUGUUACAAUUAAGGAAAAGAGCGUGAGCAGCACACGGGAAGUAAAUCGGGCGUACGCAUCUCGUAGAAUUCCGUCUCAACGAGAGAUAUCUGAACAAAACCUUCCCCCUGUUCGUAAAGACACUAUGGUCAUGCCUCCUGUCAGUAAUCAACAUGACAUGGCCAAUGUUCAUUAUCAGAAGCCCAGCGAAACUCUCUCAAGACGAAAUAGAUUGUCCACGCAUGAAGAUGUCUCUAAUGACCGUUCAAGAGAUACAGCAAGAGGUAGCGAAAGUAGAUCAAGAGAAGCAAGCAGUGGGCCUACAGACAAUACAAGACAUCAAGAGCACCGAACACGUGCUCGUGACCAAAACGCACGUUUCAAUUUUCCUUCCACGUCAAAUAAUCCAAAUGGUCGGUCUGAGAGAUCAAACAAUGUGAAGAAACAAACAGAUAGGUGGUUGUGUAAUCACUACAAAAGGCGUUGCAUGGUGAAAUUUGAAUGUUGUGAUAAAUACUGGGCUUGUCAUCGUUGCCACAACGAGACGAGCACGUGCCAGCAAAAGAAACUGAAAUCACGUGAUACGACAAUGGUCAAGUGCAUGGAAUGCGGUAAAGAGCAACAGUUCGGUCAAUUUUGUGUUUCAUGUAACACUCAAUUCGCUGAUUUUUACUGUGGUCUUUGCAAGCAUCUUACUGGAAGAGAUGAUCAUCCUUAUCAUUGCGAGAAAUGUGGUAUUUGCAGGAUCCAUGGAGAUCGUUCAUUUCAUUGCGACGUCUGUGGUGUUUGUCUCGAUGUUCAACUCAGAGGAAAUCAUAAAUGUCGUCCAGAUUCCGCUCAUGACAACUGUGGUAUCUGCCUAGAGGAUGCGUUUACGGGAUGCCAAAUUUUGCCAUGUUCCCACAAAGUUCAUAAAGAAUGCUCCAAGUUAAUGAUUCAAAACGGAAUGACUCGCUGCCCAAUAUGUCGAGAAAGUUUUGCCCACAAACUUCAAAGAAAACCAGUUAGAAAACAAACAAUAAAAACAAGGUGAUUAAAGUCAGUAAACCACUCUGAUCUCUUGGAAUUAUGGGGUGAACUGAAGAUUUGCUGAAGACUGAUUGGGACAUGCAGAUGAUUACGAUAGUAUAAUUCUCGUAUUUUUGACGUCACUGGACAAUUAUCAGAUAAUCCAGAAGGCAGAAAUUUUCGUUUGCAGCGAGUGUGGCAAAACUCGUUAUCUUAAACCAAACCACAUGAUGCAGGCGUGAGCAAGUAAAUAAAUGAAGAUCUUGGAUGGAAUUUACACGUUGCACGAAUGGCACGUUGAUUGGGUGGAUUCAUUCAGAGAUCGACCAGAACAUACAUUUUAGGGAAGCAAUGAAGAGAAAGUAAAGGAACUAUCAAUAUAAUCGUAAUUUUAGGGUCUUUUUUAAUUAUUUUGCAUAAAAUUACAUGCAGUAUAUUAGCGAUUUAAAAAUUUUCAAACUAGGGCAUAAACAAAUAAGUCUCCUUUAAUGUGAGAGUAUAAUCAAGAUGGAAGCUUUCGAUCAUUCUCAUUUAACUUUGAAUGGUAGAUAGAUAGAUAUGAGAUGGUAUAUUAAUUUUCACUAAAACAUUACAGCUAUAGGCUAAAUUACGUUUAGUUUAAUAAACUGCUGCCAUCUGUUAAUAGCUCCUCAGUGAAUUUGAGAAAUAGGCGUAAAUUUGACAUACCUAAAGUUAAGAUGAACCGUUUUAAAACCAGUUUUAUAGUUAGUAUAGCUAACUCUGUCAAAUCAGUAAUUAAUUUUUUCUCUACUCAUCUACAUGCAUGCAUUUAAAACUUUUAUAUCUAUGUAUAUAUAAAUAAUUUUUAUUCUAUUUGUAAGCUUAUGAUUCUCAUCGUUUGAAAUCUGUUUAAAACAGUUUAUCUGCAAGGUACUGGCGGCGUACGACGAAAGGGACCAAACGAAUUCAGCAAUUGAUAAUGCUUCUUGGUAUGAUGUUGAUGCCUGAUGGAUGUACUAUAUGCAUAGCGCGCUUUUGCAUUCUUUGAGAUCGUGUGAGAGGUACUCGGGUAAGCUAUCAUAAAAUGCUGGGCAAGCAUAUUCCAACAGAGA